AUGACUGACGACGAUAAGCCACCCUUAUUGCCGCCUUUUUACGCCAGCUGCAGUCAACGCGGCGCGACAACGUGCGCUGCAGUACCUAAGUAUCCACUGCUGUGGAGCGGGUGGAGCAUUUACCCGUCAGCCACUAUUUCUCUCCUCCUGUGGUUCUUGUUUUUUAUUUGGUUCUAUCAGGUACCUUCUUCUAAUCAACAAAUUCCCAGCGUUUAUCCGUUGCUUGCUUGCCUGGCUGCAUUGCUCGCUCUCGGAGUUUUGUACGCCUGUCAAGCGUCAACCACCGGCGUUGAAUCCCUGAGUUUCAACCGAUACUCGUAUCCACAAUAUUUGCCUGUAGUGCGCGCACCCAUCCUGCGAUGGCCUCCAUGA